AUGGACAUCACAACGAUCCUGAAUAGAAAGCAUUCUGCCGCAAUGGUUGCGCCAGACGGACAAUUCGAUCCACAGCAUUUGGUUCCGAAUCCUGGCUUAGACCAUUCGCCGAAAAUGAAGUCGGAGCCUGGCAUCUCCGACGCAGGCGAUCAAGCGGUUCUUGCCUACCCCCCUCAUGCUCCCCUCAACCAGAUGCCCAACAUGCAACACGAUAUGCGCUAUGCAUCCCAGGCACACCCCGCCCAGGGGCUGCCUCUCCUUCAGAACCCUUUUGUCCCUGGAGCAUAUGCCACCGGCGCUCAAAUACCGAAUCCCGGCACCCCUCAGGGGAGGGCGGACCCUCCUCCCAAGACCUUUCAUUGCGGUACUUGUGGCAAGGGAUUCGCUCGACGGAGCGACCUUGCUAGGCACGAACGUAUCCACUCUGGCAUCAGACCCCAUGCUUGUGACUGGCCGGGUUGUGGUAAACAAUUCAUCCAGCGUUCGGCCCUGACGGUCCACUCCCGUGUUCACACGGGUGAGAAGCCUCACAUGUGCGAGAGGUGUGGCAAGCCAUUCAGCGAUUCCUCCUCCCUGGCGAGACAUCGCAGAAUCCACUCCGGGAAGCGUCCCUACAAGUGCCCAUACGCCAACUGCCAGAAGACCUUCACACGCCGCACAACCUUGACACGCCAUCAAAAUCAUCAUACGGGCACGAUCGAGGAAGCCGCCGCUGAAACCGAGGCCAACCUGAGACAAAAUAAGGAGCGGGCACGACUGCCUGGGGAUAUGUUCUCCGAACACGGCUCCGUCCAUUCCACGCCCUCUCCGGGACACCACACUAUGUCCCCAGUCAGUGAUCUCCCUCCGUUGAACAUGCCGCGCUCCGACUACUACAUGGGGGGGAACGGCUCCAUUCCGCCCCAUGUCCGGGGUCCUUUCACUCAGGUUAGCCCCCGGGCUUCCCCGACUGCUUCGUCUCCAUCGUUGUCGAGCUACGGCGGUGCUCCUCUCCCCCGCCCGUCCAUGACAUCUCAUCCGUCUGGCUACGGGCCCCCUCAGCCUCUUGAGCCACCGGCCAACAACGACCACCGACCCAACAGCGUUAGCGGGAGCCCUCAUAUGACAAGCCUGGGCUGGGCCUCUCCUUCGCAUGGCAGCAUCCCCUCCCCCGGUUCCGCCACCGACUACUACCCCGAGCCCAGUGGGCCGUACCCGACCUCGAUGCCGCCUCACAUGUACUUCCCCAACUCAACCAUUCGGCGGCCUACCAGCACCGAACCGGACAACUAUGAGAUGAAGCCCAGGAUGGGUGACAGCGCAUGGUCCACGCCGGUCUAA